AGGGGCUUCUGGGCUCCUUCUCGCGAGCGCAGUCGUAGCCCCGCCUCCUCAUUCGUCCGCUCCGGACUGCGGGAAAGUGGUCUUGGAGCCCGAAGGUCUCGGGAAGAGAAGGAUGCGCGCCUGCGCUGCACCACAGGUCUCUACAUUCUCCCAAGAUCCACAGAAAAUGAACACACCUCAGGCAUCAGUGUCUUUCAAGGAUGUGACUGUGGAAUUUACCCAUGAGGAGUGGCGGCAGAUGGAUUCUGCUCAGAGGACCCUGUACAGAGAUGUGAUGCUGGAGAAUUACAGCCACCUUGUCUCAGUGGGGUACUGCUUUACAAAACCAGAACUGAUCUUCACAUUGGAACAAGGAGAAGAUCCAUGGUUACUAAAGAAAGAAUUUCUAAGAGAAAGUUCCCCAGAAGACUCCCAACCUAAUCAUCUUUCAAAGAAGAGCCUAGAAAGCCAAGGAAAAUAUUUGUGGCACGUUUUAUUCACCAAUAAAUCAUUGCCUACAGAGGAAGAGAUUUCAGGAAAACCAUGUAAUCUGGACAUAAACAUUUUACAUGCAAGAACAAUGCCGUAUAAAUUUGACACUGCAGGACCUACCUACCUGCAUCUCAGCUCAUUGGCUCCACACUGUCAAUAUUCAAGAAAGAAGGUUCAUGAGCUUAAUGUAUGUGAGAAAUGGCUCCUCAGUAUUAAGGAGGGCAGAAUUAAUACCAGAGAGAAAUCAUUUGUUUAUAGUAAAAAUGCGAAAGCCUUCAAUUAUAAAGAGAAAGUCAUUCAACAUCAAACAAUUCCGACUUUGCAGCGGGCUUCUGAGUACAAUGAAUGUGGAAACACUUUGUUUGAAAAGACUGCCCUUAUUACAUCUGAGAGUACCUCCCCCAAAGUGAAAUCUUAUAAAUUCAGUAAAUAUGGGGGAAAACAAUGUGAUAAACCAACUCUUAUAAUCUCUCAUAGCAAUAAUCCAGAGAAAAAUCAUUAUGAGUUUAAUGAAUUUGAAUGUACUGAAAACAGAAAUAAUUUCAGCAAGAUCACACAAAGAACUGAUACAGAAGGGAAAUCUGCCGGCCAAAAUUCACACAUUGGAGAACAUCAGAAAAAUCAUAUAGGAGUGGAACCCUUUGAAUAUGGAAAGAAGUUCAGUCCUAAUUUGGCCCUCCCAGUGCAUCAGAGAACUCACAUGACAGACAAAUCCUCUGAUUAUGACACAUGUACAGAGACAUUAACUUGCCAGUCAGGUUUCAACAUACAUCAGAGAACUCACAUUACAGUGAAACCCUAUGAAUGUAAUGAAUGUGGAAAAUCCUGUUCUAUGAAUUCUUUCCUGAUUCAGCCUCUGGAAAAUCACACAGGGGAGAAACCCUAUGAAUGUCAUGCAUGUGGGAAAGCUUUCAGUGAGAAGUCACGCUUAAGAAAACAUCAGAGAACUCACACAGGAGAGAAACCCUAUAAAUGUGAUGAUUGUGAGAAGGCUUUCAGUGCAAAGUCAGGUCUAAGAAUACAUCAGAGAACUCACACAGGGGAGAAACCCUAUGAAUGUAAUGAAUGUGGGAAAUCUUUCAACUAUAAAUCAAUCCUUAUAGUACAUCAGAGAACUCACACAGGGGAGAAACCCUUUGAAUGUAACGAAUGUGGAAAAUCUUUCAGCCACAUGUCAGGCCUAAGGAAUCAUCGGAGAACUCACACAGGGGAAAGACCAUACAAAUGUGAUGAAUGUGGGAAGUCUUUCAAACUGAAGUCAGGUCUCAGAAAACAUCAUAGAACUCACACAGGGGAGAAGCCCUAUAAAUGCAAUCAAUGUGGGAAAGCUUUUGGUCAGAAAUCACAACUCCGAGGACAUCAUAGAAUUCACACAGGAGAGAAACCCUACAAAUGUAAUCAUUGUGGGGAAGCUUUCAGCCAGAAAUCAAACCUCAGAGUGCAUCACAGAACUCACACUGGGGAGAAACCCUAUAAAUGUGAUGAUUGUGGGAAAACUUUCAGGCAGAAAUCAAAUCUCAGAGGACAUCAGAGAACUCACACAGGGGAGAAACCCUAUGAAUGUAAUGAAUGUGGAAAAGCUUUCAGUGAGAAGUCAGUCCUAAGAAAACAUCAGAGAACUCACACAGGAGAGAAACCCUAUAAAUGUAAUCACUGUGGAGAAGCUUUUAGCCAGAAGUCAAACCUCAGAGUACAUCAGAGAACUCACACAGGGGAGAAACCCUAUAAAUGUGAUAAAUGUGGGAAAACUUUCAGCCAGAAAUCAAGCCUACGAGAACAUCAGAAAGCCCACACAGGGAGUUAAACGUAUGAAUGUAAAGAAUUUGGAAAACCAUUGAACCAGAAAUCAAAUCUCACAAUAUAAAAGAGAAAGAGAGAGAACCAUAUGAAUAAACAAUUGCAAAUUUCUCUGCAAGAUGCCAGCCUUGCAUCAGGGAACUUACACAGGAGAGAAAUUCUUGGAAUAUAUUUUAUAUGGGCUGUAUUUCAUCCAGAAUGCAGUCCUCAUUAUGGACCACUCAGCAAAGAAGUUACAAAGAUAAUUAAUGUGAAAAAUACUCUGUACUUAAUCAUCAGAAAACUUACACUGCAGAAAAGUAGUGUAAUGUAAUAAAAAUGUGAAAAUUUUGUGUCGGUAAUCAAAAUUUACUUAUCAGAGAAAUGAUACAAUGAAAAAUCAGAAUAUAUAAUAAGCAUUUUGAUAAGCUUUUGCCAAAAGCCAUCUUUCUCAGUUCAACAGAAAAUACAUGGAGGUUAGAGACCUCACAAUGAGGUAAUGGAUGUGGGGAACUCUUCUAUUAUAAAUCAGCCCUCAAUUGGACUUACGCAGAAAUAAUUCCUGUAUGCCAUAUAAAGACUAUUAAUUGUUCCCCAAAAAAAUUUCCUCUUCUCCCUCAUGCUGCACCUAGUCUACAUUUCUCAACCAGUGUCAUCCAAAUGGGGUCCUAUUAAUAACCUCUGGCUACUAGAAUGUGGUGGUCAAUGACCCAUCUCACUUAGUACAUCCCUCAAAUUCUCAAUGUUUUCUCCUGUCCCUUAGCAGAAUGGAGUGGAGAUUACUCUCAGUGAAACUCUGGGCUCAUGCACUGAAAAUCGGAGAGUACAAGACACUAGGAAACAGGGUAAAGAGUGACUGUGGAAUGGAAUUUUAUCCUCUGUAUACACAGACUUUUCGCAGCAAGGAAAUAAACUUGUUCUCUACUGAGCUUCUGCAGGUUUGAGUAUACUUUAUACUGACAUAUACUCACCAACCCUUAACUAAUAAAGCCUAUGAAUAUGAUUUCUGUGGAUAUCUGAACUCAACAUAUAUCAGAAACCUGACAACAGGAGAAACCCCUGACAAUAGUUUUUAUCCACAACUCCUCAUCAGUCAGGUAAAUAUCAAUGAAAGAAAUUCAACAUUUCAACAUAUGUAGGAAACAUUUACCAAAAAAUAACAUCUCAUUAAAUAUAUGAUAAUUGAAUUGUAAAUGUAUAAAAGUUUUCAACAAGUCAUCAAACUUUAAUCUUUCUCAGAAUGUGUUACAGGGGGAGAAUCUAUCAAUUUGAGAAAGGUAAGUAAUAGCAUCUACAUAGAAAUUGUUCUAUAAAACUGUUGUUUCAUGUGUAUUAUUAAAACAGUUAAUGAAACACAAUAUUGAUAACAGACAUUCACUAGAAUAAGACACUUUAAAAGAAUGAAUAAAUAAAUUGCAUAAACUAAA